CACCGACCUCCAUUUCCUCUCCCCGCCCACCUCUUCCGUUCCCGUCCCGCACACAGACUCUUUUCUCUCUCCUCCCCCUCCCUCUCGUCCUCUCUCUCUCGUCCGAUCUGCAUCUGCUUUUCUUCCUUCCCCCCUUGUCUCCUGUCCCUUCUGGCGUGCGCAAAGAUUUGAUUUUUCUUUUUCUUUUUUUUUUCCUCUCGGGGAGGAGGCGGAGUCGAAGCAGGAGUCGGGGAAGGAGUGGUGGGAGGCGGGAGGAAGGAGGAGAUCCUGAUCUGUUCUUGGAGUGGUGGGAGGAGAGGUCGAGAGGAGGAAGAUGGCGGCGCAGGAGCAGGAGCACGAGAAGCAGCAGGCGAAGACAAGCACCACGAGCUCGCUCCCCUCCAGCAGCGAGCGCUCCUCCAGCUCCGCCCCCAACAACCUCAGGGAAGGAGGUGCGGAGAGCGACGAGGAGAUACGGCGGGUGCCGGAGAUGGGCGGCGCGUCGGCGUCGGCCUCGUCGGGCGCGGGCGCAGACGAGCGCCCCAAGGAGGACGGCGGCAAGCAGGGCGGGCAGCUGGCGGCUGCCGCGGGGGCGCAGCCUCCGGCGGCGGCCGGGAAGAAGCGCGGCCGCACCGCGGGGGACAAGGAGCAGAACCGGCUGAAGCGCCUGCUGCGGAACCGCGUGUCCGCGCAGCAGGCGCGGGAGCGGAAGAAGGCGUACCUGACGGAGCUGGAGGCCAAGGCCAAGGACCUGGAGGUCCGCAAUGCCGAGCUCGAGCAGCGGGUGUCCACGCUCCAGAACGAGAACAACACGCUCCGCCAGAUUCUGAAGAACACGACGGCGCACGCGAGCAAGAGGAGCAGCGGCGGCGGCGGUGGCAAGGGCGGAGACGGCGGCAAGAAGCACCACUUCGCCAAGAGCUGAUGAGAAUGAGAGAGGGAGCUGGUCCGUGCUCGCCUGAUCUGACCAUUGUUGGCGUGUUGCUGUUGCUGAUGACGUCUUCUUCUCUUUUUUUUUUUCCUUCUUCUUUUCUACUGUACUUGUGUUGGUCUACCCUCGCUGAUGGACUGUUUUAACUGUUGUUUACGUAGCAAUCCCGUCUCUCCGACCGUUGGUAGGACUACUCACCACUACUGGUAGUUUUCUUGGUAGGGUGUCAGAACGCCGUGUAAUUUUCUUCUUGUAUUGUACCUGUAAUUCAGCCUUGCGAUUUGGCAAUUCACAAUUCAAGAUUACCACCGUGCCA